GGCGAGUACGACGUGUGCCCUCAGCCUCCUGCUUGGAACGUGACCGAGGCGCUCGACGGCUUAUCGUUAUCCUUCCCCACCGUCCGUCAAUCUGUGGAACGUCACAGCCGAGCUAUCCAAUUUGACACAUCCGUGGGCGAUACGUGGCCUGAUCCCGAUACAGAUGAUCACCUGUGGUCUCAACGUUUCCCCUCCUUUUCCCGCUGGCUCACGCACGCUUUUCCCGCGAUGCACCGCGCCACCCAAAUCAAACGUGAGAUGGUCCACCGCCAUGGCCUGCUUUACACGUGGGAGGGCUCCGACCCUUCUCUCAAACCUCUGCUAUUGAUGGCGCACCAGGACGUUGUGCCUGUCGAGAAUAGCACGCUGGAUCAAUGGUCUUAUCCUCCUUUCUCCGGCCAUAUUGACCUAGAGCACCAGGCAAUAUGGGGCCGUGGUGCUGUGGACUGCAAACAGUUUUUAAUUGGGAUCCUCUCAGCCGUGGAGACGCUGGUUCAAAGCAAGUUCCGCCCCAAGCGUACAAUCCUUCUCAACUUCGGCUUUGAUGAAGAGUCUGGCGGUGAUCAGGGAGCGGCAUAUCUUUCCCGCUUCCUGGAAGAGCGCUCGUAUGGAAUGCCUUUGGCAACCGUGGCCGUGACCGAAAAGGGCUCACUUAACAUGCACAUGACCAUAUCGAGCCCGGGUGGCCACUCGUCGAUGCCGCCCCCUCACACAUCUGUGGGCAUCUUGGCCAAAAUCAUCACCAUGCUGGAAGAACACCCUUUCCCUGCUGCCAUUGAAGAAGAAUCGCACGCUAUGGUCCGGCACUUGCAGUGUAUGCGCGACGCACCCAAGAUGCCUGCUCAUCUGCGGCAAGCUCUGCUGAAACUCGAGUGGGCCGAACGCGCUAUGCAGUCCAAUGCCCGCAUACACACAGGUCUUCCUCUCCUGCGUCGCUGGUACGAGACUUUUCUUCCUCAAGAUAGCCGUGCAAAGCGCGUGGCAAAUGCGCGUGCCGCUGUUCUCAAGGCGCUCUCCAAUGAACAGCUGGCCUCCUUCCGCACAACACAGGCUGCCGAUCUUUUCCAUGGCGGUAUCAAGGUAAAUGCGCUACCUGAGCGUGCAGAGGCAUAUGUGAACCAUCGAAUUGCUCCCCACUCGAGUAUUAAUGAGACGAUUGAGCACUAUGUGCGUCUUCUUGAGCCCAUGGCCCAUCGCUACCGCUUUGCAUUGACAGUGUUUGGCGAUGUAGUUGUGCCUGUGUCCAACAACACCUAUGCACAACUGGUGCUGCAAGAUUCCAGCUUCACGAUCGAUACAAAGCCACCCACGCCUUUUGAGGGUCCUGAUGCUGGUGCGUUUGAGCUAGUAUCAAGCGUAAUUCGUGCCACGUAUCACCUUGACGAGCCUCGCCGCGUUCUGCAUGGCUCGCUGGACCCAGAAGAUGCACCUGAUUCACCAGUAUACACGGAUUCGGUCCGUGUCACUCCUACUACGCUAUCUGCCAACACUGAUACGGCAUGGUACCAUUCGCUUCAUCCGGACCUGACAGGACUGCUUGUGGGUCGCCAUAUUCGCAUCGAAUUUUACACGCACUUGAUUGUGGCGAUGGACCAGAGCCCCAUCGAACAAAUAUUCAAGCCGAGCCUAAAUCACACGAUCCUGCUAUCGAGGCCCAUGGCGGACGUGUGUCCUCAGCAGGAGGCGUACGACCCUCGCGAGGCGCUGGGCGACUUGCAGAUCCACCGUCCCUCGGUGAAAGAGUCUGUUCAAUUACUGAGUGAGGCUGUGCAGAUCAAUACGUCUGUAGGCGACGGCUGGCCAGACCCUGACAAGGAGCCUGAUCGCUGGAACGACAUCUUUUCUCCCUUUGCAUCGUGGAUCGAGACCUCCUUCCCGCUCAUUCACGCCGAAAAAUCACCGGUUACACGUGAGUUUGUUCAUCAACACGGUCUAUUGUACACAUGGAAAGGUUCCGACGAAUCGCUUAAGCCUCUCGUGCUCAUGUCGCACCAAGACGUCGUGCCCGUGGAACAGAAUACGGCGAACCAGUGGACACAUCCGCCCUUUUCAGGCUACGUUGAUCUAGAAACACAAACGGUGUGGGGUCGCGGCGCCGUCGACUGCAAGCUCUGGCUGGUCAGCUCCUUGUCUAGCAUCGAGUCCUUGCUUCAAAGCGGUUUCCAGCCCCGCCGUACGGUGAUUCUCAGUUACGGUUUUGACGAAGAAUCUGACGGUCAUCAGGGCGCGUCCCAUAUUGCACGCUUCCUCGAGGACCGCUAUGGUUCCCAAAGCAUUGGCAUGAUCGGUGCCCUGAAUAUCCAUAUGGUUGCUACAGCGCGCGGGGGGCACUCUUCGAUGCCGCCUCCGCACACGUCCAUUGGAAUUAUGUCAAGUAUCGUUGCGACGCUCGAGGCCCAUCCAUUCCCUGAUCUGAUUGGAGACGAAUCGCGACCAUCUAUCCAGCUUCUGCAGUGCACCCGCGAUGGCCCUUUGAUGCCGCGGGCCCUCCGUGAAGCUCUUGUUCGUCUCGAGUGGGCCGAAACACUGGCUCAGCCUUCAAUGGCCGCCUGGAGGCACCGCUCGAUGCCUCGAUGGCAAAAGAUCUGGGAAUGGGCACAUACUAGCUCACUACACCAGAGACGCAUUGAGCAGGCGCGACGUCGUCUCAUCCAAGCACUCGAUGCUAGGACCCGAACCUUGCUUCGCACGACUCAGGCCGUUGACCUGAUUCACGGAGGUAUCAAGGUCAAUGCACUGCCUGAGCGAACAGAGGCCAUGGUGAACCAUCGCAUUGCGCCCUAUUCGAGUGUCAACGAGGUGCUCUCACGCUACUGCUCGCUCAUCACCCCUCUUGCGCGAGAGAUGCAGUUUGCCCUCACCAUUGAUGGGGAUGAGCUUGUGCCUGCCUCCAACAACACAUUGGCUCAUGUGACGAUUAGCAAGAGAGGUCUGGCGACGGAUACUCACGCAGCGUCACCUUUUCGUGGUCCUGAUGCAGACCCUUUCCGAUUGCUAUCACAAGUGAUUCGUCAGACGUGGCAUAUUGAUCAGCCGCCAGUGACGCUCGGCUCUCUAGACGAGGACACACUACCACCGUCAUCGAAUGAAUGGAAGGAGUCAAUACGUGUCUCUCCGGCAACCAUGUAUGCCAACACGGAUACUCGCUGGUACCAUGCAAGUCGCCCUUCCAGCAUGUCCGUGCGUACUAUGUGCUCUCACUCCAGACACCGUCGAUGA